AUCUAUUCGAAAAUAUUGAAGUUGUGGUGUCAAAGCAAAUGAAAAGAUGUGAAAGCUGCACCAAUAGCAGAAAUUAUUCUGGUUUUUGUACUAUAUGGGAACCUGGCAAUUAGUUAGAAUCCAACAUCAAUCCUUCAGUUCAGAGGAUCUUCUUCAUGAUUAUGUCCCCAGCACAUCUGUGAAGCAUUGGGGAGGAAGGACACCAGAUCAGAGACAAGGAAUGUCCAACCUAUGGUAUCAUGGCAACCUCCUCAAGGAGAUUCCAUUAAGGUUUCAAGGAUCAGUUCUUCAAGCUGAGUUUAUGGCUAUUGAUUUUGCAUUGGGGAUGGGCGGAGGAUUUGGACAAAGCAAUGUCAUCAUUGAAUCAAAUUGUGUUCAAGCCAUACAAGUAGCUAUGUCAAACAAUGAUUGUUAUCCUCCUUUAGGAGCAAUUGAGGAGGAACUUCGAGCUGAGAAAUUCCAUUUCGUUUCUCUAUGUUUCCAGCAUCUAAAGCGUAGUGGAACUUGCAAGCACAGAUGUUGGCUCAGCUACAAUCCCUUCUCCACCAUGGGAGGAAAGAGAGAAUUGAUAUGUUUGGCAGUGGUAGCCGUAGAAAACUGCAAACCAAAAAUGCCAUGAACAAGUUGCAAUGCUUUUACCACUUGUGAAAGGGUUCUUUCAAUAGACACAUCACCCACCAUCUUUGUUUAUUUAUGGUACAAUGAUUUUGCCUGCACAAGCAUGAGGCCUUGGGUUGAAUCCAGUUACGCUGAGGCCUUAGGGAAAGUUAUCUCAUUGUCAUUUGAUUGAAAGUUAUUCCUCUCAAAUUCCCUCUCCGCCCUCUCCUCUCUCUGCCAAAAGCUCUUGAUUCUUCUCUUUUUCUUUCGAUUGUAAUCUUUUUCCUUCUCUGUGCUCCCGUAUUCAUGGGGGUA